CAUACCGCAACCGACUAGAGCUAAAAUUAGAAUUGCGUACUUCCUGUUUACAAAAUUAACUUAAAAAUUUCAAAAUACUUUUUUACUUCGUAAUUAACUUAUUUAAGUAGUUAUGGCAUACCCACAAGGACAACAAUUUCAAGCCGGCUCAUCGGCAGUUCCAUCAUCUCAAGUAGAAAUCAGUGUAUCAUGCAGGAGUUUAAGAGAUUGUGAUAUGCUGUCUAAGUCUGAUCCAAUGGUAGUAGUAUUUUGUAAAGAUUCAAAAUCGGAUCAGUACUAUGAAUUUGGAAGGUCAGAGGUCAUUCAGGAUAACUUGAAUCCAGAUUUUGUGAAGAAGUUUGUGAUGAACUAUUUUUUUGAAGAAAGUCAAAAACUAAAAUUUGAAGUAUAUGAUGUAGAUGCAAAAACAGCCAGACUAGAUGCACAUGAUUUUAUUGGAAGAAUAGAAGUAUCAUUAGGAGAAAUUGUUGGAUCUCCAAAUGGUGUCAUGAAGAGACCACUUACGGGACCAGUAGCAAAGAAUGGAGACAUUAUCAUUCGAUCAGAAGAAAUGAGCAACUGCAAAGAAAUCAUCACACUACAGUUUAAAGCUAACAAAUUAGACAAAAAAGAUUUCUUUGGAAAAUCAGAUCCCUACUUAGAAUUUCAAAGAUCCAAUGAGGAUGGCAGUUUUACUGUUGUUCAUCGUACAGAAGUAAUUAAAAACUCAUUAAACCCAACAUGGCAACCAUUUACUGUACCAGUGAAGACAAUAUGUAAUGGAGAUCAUGCAAGGGUAAUCAAGGUUGUAUGUAAUGACUGGAACAGUGAUGGCAGUGUUGAUCUGAUUGGAGAAUUUACCACAACAAUAAGUGAAAUCAGUAGAGGACCAGGAUCCAGUAAUCAGUAUGGUCUUAUAAAUCCAAAGAAAAAAGAAAAGAAGAAAAAGUAUGUAGACUCAGGACAGGUGUAUCUAAUGUCUAACAGAAUAGAAUAUCAACAUACAUUUUUAGACUACAUCCAGACAGGCAGCACACAAAUGAAUUUCACUGUAGCUAUAGAUUUUACUGCAUCCAAUGGAAACCCUAGUAAUCCAUCAUCACUACAUUAUCUUAACCCUUACGGUUCUCCUAAUCAGUAUUCUGCUGCAAUCAUGGCUGUAGGGGAGAUAAUUCAAGACUAUGACAGUGAUAAAUUGUUUCCUGCCUUAGGAUUUGGUGCUAGAAUGAGUGAUAACAAUGUUUAUCAUGACUUUGCUUUGAAUUUUAAUCCUAAUGAUCCACAGUGUCAGGGUAUCAAGGGAGUUUUAGAUGCUUAUUAUCAUUCAUUAAAAAAUGUACAAUUAUAUGGACCAACAAAUUUUUCUCCUGUCAUAAAUAGGGUUGCAGGCUUUGCUGCUGCACAACAAGACGGGUCAAAUUAUCAUGUACUUUUAAUCAUAACAGAUGGAGUUAUCACGGACAUGGAACAAACUAAAAAUGCCAUUGUACAAGCAUCUAGAUUACCUAUGUCUAUUAUAAUUGUUGGUGUUGGAGAUGCAGAUUUUGAAGCUAUGAAUAUAUUGGAUGGUGAUGAUGUAAGAGUGUCAUCCAAUGGACAGUAUGCUGAUAGAGAUAUUGUACAGUUUGUUCCUUUCCGAGACUUUAUUAGAAAUGGUACCAGUAUGCUCACAAGUCAGGCUGCUCUUGCUAAAGAAGUUUUGGCUGAAAUUCCUGAUCAGUUUUUGCAGUACAUGAAGAAAAAAGGUGUCAAACCAAGACCUAGAACAACAGCUCCACCUAUGUAAACAUUUUCAAAUUAAUAGACUUAAUGUGUUCAUCAUUUUCCCCGACUUUAUGAUAUGAAACCAACAUAUUCAGUACAAGAAAUUGUAACUGUUCUUGAACAAUGGAUUGGGCACAAAUGAAACAUUUUAGAAUUGGGUACUCCUAGUCAGGCUGCUCUCUGUUAUACUUUAAUUAAUUAUUCAAUAUUAUUUGACUAAUGCAAUGAUACAUCAAAAGGUUGGAACAGAUUUACUACAGCUACAUGUGAAAAAAAGUUUUUAAAUGCUAAAAUAUUAAUGUACGGUAAUUCUAGUUUAGUGUUGCUGUUUAAAUUUGCUGUUAUUAAUUGUUGAUAAUUCUACUCUCCUGACAAAGCUAUGAGACAACACCUCUAUGCAGUUGUAAAUCUCUUUUUUGUGGGGUUCUUAAUAGAGGGUGUAAAGUGUAAACCCCUUUUUUUGUAAAAAGAACUACAUUUUUUUGUAGGGGGGAGGGGGGAGGGGGGAAGUUAUAAAAAAAAAAUUGUUUACCUUUUUAUGACAAAAACAUCCACCCUUUAGUAGGACCCUGGAUCCUACGGUUUAAUGAAAUUGUAUAAUUCUUCAAAUUAGUAUAAAUUAUCUGAAAUAUAUUUUUAAAGGGGCUGGCAAUGAUUUUUUUAAUUAUUGAAAUUUGUCAGACUCCUAAGGCCCUGGCAUGUAGUGUGUCCUUAUUGAAAUAUAAAUAAAAAAAGUGUUUUGCUCUUACUUCUCUGUAAUCUUUUAUUAUUUGAUGUGCAAUGUAUUUUACGGUGGUCAGUCUGAUUAAUGCCUUGAUAUUUAUAUAAUCAAUUGUGUAUAUAUUUUACUACUAAAAUGUGCAUUAUAAUAUUUUACUAUAUUUAUUAGAUAUUAUUGUUUUUACAUACACAAGAAUGUUGUGAAAUCAAUAACCUUUGGCAGAUGAAACAUGUAUAAAUACUUUCACUUGUUGUAUUCAAACAAUUGGAAUUAUUUAAAAAGGAUAAUAUAUAAGAGAGAGUUCACAGAAUAAUUAGAACAUAAAGGUUAAAAUAAAUAUUUACAAAUAAGAAACUGCUUUGAUUGAGGAAUCUAUCUCUCUUUUAUAGUUUUGUUUUUAUAUUAGGAUGUUAUAUCAGAUUACCAUAUUAAAUCAGAAAUGUGUCACAUGACAUCUUUUAUCUACAUAAAAAAAUCUGUAAAUGGUUUAGCAAGAUAAUUGAUUAUUUUUUAAUAA